AUGAAUACGCUAUACUUGUUAGUAUUCUUCUGUCUAGACUUAAUAAGAGUAUCGUAUGGGUCGGUGUAUAUUGGGUUUCCAUUAAAUGAACAAUUGCCUAAUGUUGCCCGUGUGAACGAGCCAUAUUUGUUUACCAUGGCGAACACGACAUACAAGGCUGAUGGAGAGGUGAGUUAUUCUGCUUCAAACUUGCCUAGUUGGAUGUCCUUUGACGGCGGAUCUAGGACAUUUACAGGAACACCUUCAAAGAAAGAUGCUGGUGAUUUCAACAUCACAUUGACGGGUACAGACUCGAAUGAUGGCUCUACCUUGUCCAACCUGUAUUCUAUGAUCGUUUCGGAAGACGAAGGGUUACAUUUAUCGUCAGAUGACGUGAUGUUCACCGAAAUUGCUAAAUACGGCUACACAAAUGGGAACGAUGGACUUGUGGUUAAUGAGGGCGACAAAUUUGAUAUCAAGUUCGAUUCGUCUGUUUUCAAGUCUUCCUCUAACUCAACAAGACCAAUUAUUGCUUACUACGGAAGAUCUUCGGACAGAAGUUCCUUACCUAACUGGAUUAACUUCGACUCGGAUGACUUGUCUUUCUCGGGGACUGUUCCUUAUGUUACAUCAGAAAACGCUCCAUCCUUUGAAUAUGGAUUUUCAUUUAUCGCUUCUGAUUAUUAUGGAUUUGCAGGUGCAGAGGGUAUUUUCAAAUUGGUCGUUGGAGGCCAUCAAUUGAGUACCUCAUUAAACGAAACAAUCAAACUUAAUGGUACCUUGAAGAGUGAAAUCGAUGUCGAUGUUCCUAUAUUAUCAGAUGUUUACUUGGAUGGAGAAACCAUUUCCACGGCAAACAUUUCCAAUGUGUAUGCUGAAGAUUUACCUGACUAUGUGACUUUCCACGAAGAUAAUUUCACUUUAACUGGUAAUUUCCCAGAAAAGUCAACCUUCGAUAAUUUCACCAUUAUUGUUGAAGAUAAGUAUGGAAAUUCAGUAGAUUUACCAUAUCUGAUUGAUGCAAUUGGGUCCGUUUUCACAGUUAAAGAUUUACGUGAUGUAAACGCAACAAAAGGGGAGUUUUUCAGUUACGAACUUUUGAAGUCUCUCUUCACUGAUUAUAACAAUACAAAGAUUUCAGUUGAUUAUAAUGCAGAUUGGUUAACUUAUCAUAAAGACAACAGAACCUUUACUGGUACAGCUCCUAAGAAUUUGGAUAAAGUAAAGGUUAAGGUUGUAGCUUCUUCAGAUUAUGACAGUGAAACCAAGAGCUUUAAUAUUGAUGGUAUUUCAAAGAAGAAAACAUCAUCGAGUUCGAGUUCGUCAAGAUCUUCAAGUAGCAGAUCUUCAAGCUCUACUACAUCUAAAUCAACUGCAAGCUCAUCGGGCGCAGCUGCUCAAAAUAAAUCAAGUGGAAAUAAUCAUAAGGCAUUAGCCAUCGGUCUAGGGGUAGGAAUUCCAUUGUUUUUGAUUGCACUCGCAGCACUUAUACUUCUCUUCUGUUGUCUUAAAAGAAGAAAGAAUAACAAAGAAGAGAAUGGUGAUCACGAAAAGGCAGCAGCAGCAGCAGCUACCGGAGCUGCUGUAGGUAGUGGAUCACCAGAAUUAACUGGUCCAGGCUUUGGUACCACCGUGGACUUAGAUGACCGUGAUGAAAAUGCCAAACAAUUGGCAGCCCUUAAUGUUUUGAAGUUAGAUGAAAAAGAAAAGCUAGCAUCUGAUGCACACAGUACUUCCUCAUCAAUCACUCAUGUUGAAUCAGAAUAUAGUGAUGAUUCAAGAUACUUUGAUGCAUCUGAGAAACCUCUUAAAUCAUGGAGAGCAAACGAUAAAUCAGAUAUUGCAAAUGGUGGAAUGUUAGGAACUGCAGGUGUAGGAGCCGCAGCAGGAGCAGGAGCUGGAGCAGUUGCAGGACUGGCCUUAUUAUCCAAGAAUAAUAAGGUCAGACAAUCAGAUGCUUCCAUGAGUACUGUUAACACGGAGCAAUUGUUCUCAGUUAGAUUAGUCGAUGACAAUUCUUAUAGAAAUUCUAACCAGUCAUCAUUCGGUUCGGGACAAUUUUUAAGUAAUGGUUCACUAAAUGCAUUAUUAAGAAGAGAAGAAUCUGGAAAUAUUCAAAGAUUGGAUAGUGAUGGCAAUAUCAUUGGAAGUGCCAAUGGUUUGCUGAGAGAUAUUUCAGCACGCUCAAAAACCCCUUCUAGUGAUUUAGACAUUUUAGUUGAAGAGAACUCUAAGGACAAUUCAAACGAUACAAAUAAUUCAUAUAACGAUGCAACACUUAUUCGUACGAAUAACGUCUUGGGCGAUGAUACCGCUAGUUUAGAUUCCCGCUUCCAAGAAUCAAGAAAUACUUCAGGUCCUACAAGCUACCAGCAAUUGGUGAAUCAAAACAAUGAGCAUGGCGAUUUUGCAGAUGAAUUCAUAGCAACAAGAAAUCCUAACAGUGAAAUAAAAUGGGUGGAAUCAACAAGUACUGAUAAUUUAAUUUCCCCUUCAUCUGACAAUUUCUUAGCCAAUGAUGCAAAUGCAAAUACUCCUAAGAUAGGAUAUGAGUUACAAAGCUCGCCAAUUAGGGGUUCAAACUUAUCAGCCAUUUCAUUAGGAAGAACUAGCUCUGAGAAUCCAAGAAUUUCAAAUGCAUCAUUAAAUACAAAAGCAAAAUUGGUUGAUUUUACAAGAAAAUCCAGCAUGAGAGAAUCUGCACAUGAACCACAUAUUGACUUAGAGGGUGAAACUGCACAAAUCCACUAUGAUGAUGAUAGUGUGUAG